AUGGCGCCAGCAGCAGCAGCAUNGGAAGAGACAGUGCCCGGGUCCACCAGUCAUUCACUUCAGACAGUGCCGUCCACCAGCAGUAAUAUCAAUAGCGCUAAUGGCGCCAGCAGCAGCAGCAUCAGCUCAACAGAGCAGCAGUCCAUAAAUAAUGCCAAUCAAGUGACAAACAAGACGACGACGAUGGCCAACGCUAGCAAUGGCAGUGUUGUCGCCGCCGCCGCCGCCGUCGCCAAUCGAGCUGCACCUAGUGCCAAUUUAAAUGCCAGUGGGGAUCGAGUUUCAGCGAGUGCGACGGCCAACAGUGAGGAGGCCAAGAUGAACAACACCGACUACGCGGGAACACCCUGGGAUGCACAGAUGGACGAUAGUGCUGCUGCUGCUGGUGCUGGUGCUCACCAAAGCAAAUGGUCACAACAACAGCAACAGCAGCAGGGGGCCUUCUCCUCAGCCGACACGAGCAAUCCCUUUGACGUGGCACUGAAUGGCAGUCCGGCCUUCUACGCCAGAAUGCUGAUGAUGCCCACAGCGAGUACAGCCACUGCAACUGCGGCAACAACAACGGCAACAACGGCAACAACAACGGCACCUCACUACUCGACACUUGCCUUGGAGCAGUGCAAGAGCGAGGCCGACUGUCGCAGUCGGCUGUACCUCAGCGUGAAGAUGCGCGCCUUUGACUCGAUCUGCCUGCAAGGCGCCACCGAUGCGGACAUCAUCGAGUUCACUACUCAGGCGGCGCUGAAUGACGGCCUGGAGAAGUUUGUCCACGUCUCCAUUCGACACUCCUCCAUCACCGACAAGGGACUGGAGGUCUUUCUCGCCUCCAUUGCCCGCUCGCUGCAGUCAUUUGAGCUCAUUGGAUGCAAUGAAAUCUCCGAUUCAGGCCUGUGGACGGGUCUAGUGCCAAACUUAAAAAGUCUUAGUAUUCAAGAUUGCAUCAAUGUUUCUGAUGAGACUAUUGCCGCCAUUUGUCAGUUGCUUACCUCUCUGAAGACGCUGCACAUUCAAGCUUACCACGUGACCGACUCUUCUAUGGCGUACUUUAGCACUUCAAUGCUUCGGGAGACCCUGCGCACACUGAUACUGAGUCACUGCUGGGAAAUCACCAACCAAGGAGUGGUCAAUCUGGCGCACAGUUUGCCUAACUUGACAUCACUUUCGCUGUCUGGCUGCUCAAAGGUUACCGAUGAGGCAAUUGAAAUAAUUGCCGAGCAACUUCGAGGCUUGAAACUGUUAGAUCUUUCCUGGUGUCCUCGAAUCAGCGAUGCCGCCCUUGAAUACAUUGCUUGUGAUUUAGCAGAGUCACUAGAAACGCUCGUCUUGGAUCGAUGUUUGCACAUCACCGACAUUGGCCUAGGCUACAUCGCCACAAUGGCCCACCUUGAGAGUCUUUCCGUUCGCUGGUGUCCGCAGGUGCGUGAUUUUGGACUGCAGGCGCUCAUAUCACUGCGAUCACUGCGAACACUGUCAAUUGCCGGCUGUUCACACGUCACCAUCACCGGGCUGUCUUUCCUCGUGCGAAUGCAGCAACUGGAGGAGCUAGAGCUGACUAACUGCGCCACAGCCACUAAAGACAUGGUCAAGUAUCUGGCGGAAAAUUUACCUAAGACAUGCAGCAUUAUCAGAUGA